AUGUCGACUGGAGUCAACAGCCUAGAGCACUCUGAAAAUUCUUCCCAGGUCAACUCUGUCGCCCGCCGCCGUUCUGUCUCUCACCAUCACAGUUCUUCUGUCACGGCCUCAACUGGGUCUUCGCGACCUGUAAACUCGUUCGACAAAAUGGUCUCCCAAAGUCAGAAGUCCCGAUGGAUCAAAACCGGCGCCAUCGUCGGCUUUAUCUUUAUGCUCCUGCUGUGGCUGUCGCCGUCAAAAUCGACCGUCUCAAGUAGUUUCACUCAGGAGAAAGCGCCUUCUACAGGAGGCGAGUCAGCCAAGUGCACCAAGCCGUUCGACUCUUCGAAGCCCCUGAUUCAAUAUGCCUUGAUGAUCGAUGCCGGUAGUACUGGCUCCCGUAUUCACGUCUACCGUUUCAACAACUGCGGCUCUACCCCUGAGCUUGAGAACGAGGUUUUCGAGCAGACUAAGAAAAAGGAGGGUGGGUCUGGUCUCAGCUCCUACCGAGAGGAUGCGGAGGGCGCUGCUCGCAGUCUCGAUCCUCUCAUGGAAACAGCUCUGAAAAACGUGCCCGAGGAAUACAGGUCCUGUACCCCGGUCGCGGUCAAGGCCACCGCAGGCUUGCGUCUGUUGGGCCCUGAACUUAGCAAGAACAUUCUCGAGGCUGUCCGCACUCGCCUCGAGACCGUCUAUCCCUUCCCCGUUGUCUCACGCGAGAAGGGCGGCGUUGAGAUCAUGGAUGGUUCCGAUGAGGGAGUCUACGCUUGGAUCACCACCAACUACCUCUUGGGCAAGAUUGGUGGUCCGGAUGAGACCCCUACGGCUGCCAUCUUUGAUCUUGGUGGUGGCUCAACUCAGAUCGUCUUCCAGCCCACCUUUGAGAAGAGCAAGGCUGGCGGCAUGCCGGAGCGCCUCGCCGAAGGCGAUCACAAGUAUGAGCUGAAGUUCGGCGGUCGCGAAUUUGAGCUCUACCAGCAUUCUCAUCUCGGCUAUGGUCUCAUGUCGGCUCGCGAAGCCAUGAACCGCGUGGUUCUGGAGGCUGUGUUGGCCAACAAUCCGGAUGACCUGUCCUGGACAAAGAAGCCCGUCGCGAAUCCCUGUAUCCAGCCCAACAUGAAAAAGGAGGUCACUGUUACUUUCCCCGAUGACCACCCUCUUGGGCCCAAGGUGACUGUGACGAUGGCAGGCCCUCAGGACGCCUCUCCCGCCGCUCAAUGCCGGGCCAUCGCCGAGACGAUUCUGAAGAAGGAUGCCGAGUGCAAGCUCGCCCCUUGCUCGUUCAACGGUAUCCACCAGCCCUCUCUUGCGAAGACUUUCUCUCAUGAAGACGUGUACAUCUUCUCGUACUUCUUUGAUCGCACUGCCCCCUUGGGAAUGCCCUCGUCAUUCACUCUCGAUGAGCUGCACAAGCUGACAGCCAGCGUUUGUGGUGGCGAGGAGACCUGGGGCAUCUUUGAGGGUGUCAAGGGUGCCCUCGUGGAGCUUCGUGACCGCCCCGACUGGUGUAUGGAUCUCAACUUCAUGAUGGGUCUUUUGCACACUGGCUACGAGAUGCCAUUGUCUCGUGAGGUCAAGAUUGCCAAGAAGAUCAAGAACAACGAACUGGGCUGGUGUCUAGGUGCCAGCUUGCCGCUUCUGAGCCAAGAGUCCGGCUGGACCUGUCGCAUCAAGGAGGUUUCAUAA